AUGGGUGCCUUGAAGGAACCAAUCCCGACCAUGGAAGUAGAUGGCUACAGCCAACACACAUGUACUGAACGACUGUGUUGUCAAGAACCGGGCUCAGAUGAGGAAAGAACAUUGAUUGAUAUCGACGUGGUUCGAAACAUAAUUAUUGGACUGAGUGAUGGUUUAACGGUACCCUUUGGCCUUACUGCGGGACUAUCAUCUUUGGGCUCCUCAAGGCUUGUCGUUGUCGCUGGAAUGGCAGAGCUGAUUUCCGGGGCAAUCUCGAUGGGAGUCGGAGGAUAUCUUGCCUCUGAAGCGGACCGGGAUCAAUUCAGAUAUCGACAAAGAGUGAUUCGAAAGAGAGUCGCAAACUCUUGCUCAAACGCGAUGGAUGGACGGGUCCAAGAGCUUUUGCAACCCUUUGGUAUCAGUCAAGGUCUCUGCGGUAUGGUCAGCAAUGACUUGUUAAAAUUCGAAUAUCUGAGAACCACCUCCUCUCAUCAAGCAAAGCUAUCAUCAAGCUGGCAGAAGAGCGCACUCGGUUCUCUGAUCAUGACUAUCUUUUCUAAAAAGACGCCUGAUUAUGACUCAAUCUCUCAAGAAAAAUCUUCGGAUGAGGAAACCGUCCAACUCACGGGAUUCGAAUCAGAAUCUUUAGGUCUAGGUAUGACUGAGUUCCUCCUCAAGUUUGGUGAAGGCGUAGAAGAAGUUUCAACAUUUCAGAUGUACCUCUCCGCAUUUACUAUCGGGUUUUCUUACUUCAUUGGUGGUCUAAUUCCUAUGGCGCCCUACUUCUUCAUCGAGAAAGCAAACACCGCCCUAUUCUGGAGCAUCGGUGUGAUGGUUUUAACUUUGUUGGUCUUUGGAUCGCUGAAGGCUUACUUCACCGGUGCCAGGAUCGGCUUCAUAGGAUAUCUGAAAGGAAGUUUAUCCACGAUUGUCGUGGGUGGCGGAGCGGCGGCUGCCAGCUAUUGGGUUGUGAAACUACUGGACGUCAAGGAUUAAACAGGGGAUCAUGAAUGAUACCCCACUUCAGAUUUUGAUCCGAAAUGGGG